UUAACAACCAACUUAACUACUUAACCUCGCUUUUUUGUUUACUAUAAUAAAAUGAUCUAAAAUAUGUGCUAAAAUUUUUCCAUUAGGCUAUAUUGCAUAAGAUAAGUGUUAUUUUACACAAUGUUAAUCUAAAUGAUUAACUGAUAUUGAAACCAUUCACUUCAUUUAGCGGGAAUCAGUUCUCACUUGACUUGCCGUGAUUUCAGUUCGCAAAUAAAGUGAUUUUUUAAUAAAAUGAAGUUCAGAAAGGUGACCCACGUAAUUUUUGAUAUGGAUGGGACUAUUUUAGAAACUGAAUCAAUAUAUCAAAGAAUAUUGGGCGGAAUUGCAAAUGAUUGGGGCCAGGAAUAUUCACAUGAAAUACAGCUCAAGAUUUUGGGCACUCCAGAGCAGGAUACAGCAAAAAUAUUUCUGAAAGAGCUUCAAAUUCCUUUAUCAACAGAAGAAUUCUUGGAUGUUUAUCAUAAACGAAUGCAUGAAGAGUUGCAGCAUCCCACAUUUAUGCCAGGUGCUGAAAAACUGAUAAGACAUUUGUCGAAACAUAAAGUGCCCAUCGCUAUUGCUACAUCAGCAUCCAAAUUUUCCUAUGAGUUGAAAGUAAAAAAUCAUCAAGAAGUCUUUCAAUUAUUUCAUCAUGUUGUAUGUGGUACGUCUGAUCCUGAAGUCAAAAAUGGCAAACCAGCGCCAGAUAUAUUUUUAAUAUGUGCAUCGAGAUUUCCUGAUAAGCCCAACCCUAAUGAUAUUCUGGUAUUGGAAGAUGCUCCAAAUGGUAUUAAAGGUGCCUCAGCUGCUGGCAUGUUGAGUGUUUUAAUACCUGAACGAGGUCUAGCUGAGGAACACAGAAAACAAGCAGAUUUAGUAUUAAAUUCUUUAGAGGAAUUUCAACCAGAAUUAUUUGGUUUACCACCAUUUGAUGAUUGAAUCUUCUUUUAAAUUAAUAUAUUUAUUUUUAGUUAAUUUAAUAAAUAUAAAUUAUUAUGAAUAUAUAAAUACGCACUUAAAUUAAUUAAUUUGUG